AUGCAGAAUCGCCGGUCGCUCAUCUAUCGGAAGGAAGAGCGCGGGAUGUUCCCUGUGCUGAAGCACCUCCGCGUGGGCAUAUUUUCACGGAGCCCUCUUGCUCGCGCGCUCGUCGCGCGUCCUCUGAACGAGGAGACCAAGAGAAAGGAGGUGUAUCCUGGGAUGACACCGUAG